AUGUCUUCCAACCUAUCUCACCUGUUGCGGAACUCGCGUAUCGCACAGGUGCCUAAGUCUAAGAAGCCAUUGACUUCUGCGGCCCCCAAGUACGCUCCAACACAUCAAAUCAUAGAAACCAGGCCCUCUACCCUUCAUCGUCAAGAAUGGGGUCUCAAAGCGGCAGUGCCUUCUAAGAUCAAAACUAAAUACAUUGUUUUCAAUGAUCUCGACACUCUGGAGCGCUUGACAACGUUUGAGCCAAACGGCGGCUCUCAAUGGAAUCGUAUUCGUUUUCAGGAACUUGGCGUUGCUCCAAAAUAUAACCCAGGGAAGGCCAACCCACUAUUUGAAGCAAACGCCUCCUCUAAGACCCAGCUGGUACCCCUCAGUGCCCUUUUGAAUGUCAACACUUCGACGCCGAAGCCAGAAGUCAGACGCCGUCUUGCAGAAAUCAAAGAUUUGCGCAGCACCUUCAAGAAAUGGCUCCUGGAGCAUGAUCCUGAGGCCCUCCUAAACAAGUCGUUUUCUGCCAAAGACAUGACAGACUCUGCUGUUGAAUUUCUGGCUGAGAAAACUGACCUCAACGUUAACCUAGCAUCCGCGUCUUUGCGGAAGGUGGUCGGUACAGGCGGUUUGACCUACAAUUUGCAUGGGAGACUGAGGAACUCGCCUAACGGAGUCGUAUCUAGGACAGUGGUGCCGGGUAGAUUCUUGAACGUCGAGGGCAACGACCGCUUGGCCGCUAUCGGUGGUUUUGUUGCUAAUGCGGGUUCUUCUUCAGUUACUACGUCCCAGAUGGAUUACAGGAUGGGUGAUUUCGUGAGGCAAUUGCAGUUUCCAUUCGCUGUUAACCAUGCUACUGUCCAAGACAACGGCAAGGUUGUACUAAGAGCCAACGUAAUCAGCGGCAUGAGCUCGAAGGCAAGGAUACAAAUGAACAGUAGAUACUACCAACAGCGCCCUCCUAGAAAAGUCAUGCGUACUGCAUCCGCAGAAGAAUCAACAAAACACGCUGAAGAGCUAUUGAAUAUUUUGACGAAUUUCGACAGCGGAAAGAGCAAGAAGCUGAGGUAG